AUGUUAAAAACUACUUUUUCCUCGUUUAUGCUUUUAGUUGCUACUUUGAUACUGUUAUCAAACAAUGUCAUUUCUGAUGAGACUGCGUGUUACAAUUAUUUAGUUGACCUCACUAAUACAUUUAAUCAUUAUUUUCCAAUAUGCGGUAAUUCUGAUCAAACUUCCGGGUGUCCAUGUUCUCAAGAUUAUACCAAUAAUUUAACAUGCGCGUAUAACUGUCGUACGAAAUAUAAUCAGUCUGUCGAUAAUCCUCAAAAUGAAGUAGCCUAUUGUAACGAAAAUGGAAACACGGAUACUAAUUAUGUGCCUCUGAAGGUUCCUACCAAUCCAUCUUGCCCGGAUAAUUUAUUAAAUGAUCAGGGAAAUAGUCAGAACCAUUCAGGAAUACCAAUCUGGAGCUGGUUGGUACCAACGGUGCUUGUGGGUUUGUGCAUUUGCUUUUGCAUUUGUCAUGCGUGUUGUUCUGAAUCAGAAUCCAGUUCGACACCAGCAUACAAUCCAAACAAUCCAAGACCA